CAAACAAUCCCGCCAGUUACAUCUAUUACAACAUUUGAAGAAAUCCAAAGACAACUAAAGUCAACAUUAGAUCAUGUAGAACAACGUAGUAUGGUAAGCGCCUUUGAAACCUUAAGUAAUGCAACAUCAGCUGUGGUUGAACAUUGUCAAGAAUUAGGUCUAACGUCUGACGAUCAUCCUUAUAAUGCAAUUGAUCGAGAACAGUUCUGGGCUGGCCUAAAUAACUGUUGGCUCUAUGCCCUUGCACAACAAAGACAUGAACCCAGUCAGCCUAUUGAACGUUUGACGGAUCAACAUCUUUAUAGUUUACGUGAUAAGGUGGUGAGUUGGGCAGAUACGUUAGAAAGGUUUGGACUCGUAGAUUAUGAAAUGGGUUGGUGGGAGGCGGAUAUCUUGUCAGCUAUUGAUGGUAUCUUGGCUAUGAAUUAUGCAGCGGCUCAAGCGGCUGCUCAAGCAGUUGUGGCUCAAGCAGCAGCAGUUUUGUUUGGU